UCUUACUGUGUAAGUCACUAAAAGCUCUGUGAAUUGAAUAUUGGCUUGAUUCUGAAUCUGUGAUGUCAGCUGUGUUAGAUUAAGGAAACUAUGUGUUUCCUCAUUUCUGAACAUUGACCAGGCAACAGAAACCUGCAGUUUGAGAAUAAAAGAGCUAUGUUUCACAAGUACACGCCUAUUGUGCAUACAACAACAACAGAGCCUGUUUUGUGACAGGGAGAGUUGAAAGGAUGUCUGCCGUUUGUGUUUUAGGGGGUGGACAGUUCAUGAUGAAAGAGACUGUUAACUGAAUUGAAUUCUUGCCUGUACCCACAAAUUUCUUGUGCAAUCAGUUUGCCAUGCUAACAAGUUUAUUCAGCUUCAGCCUGGAUUGAUGGCCCUAGCCAAACCUUACAUGUUUACUGGGUCUAAAUCAGUAAAGAGUAGAAAAAAGAUGUUGAUUUUAUUUCAUUAACGAAACAUCCAGUCAACUGCAGGAAAUUUGAUCAAGGAAUCGUAAAUGUAAUUCCUUGAAAUGACGGUGCAAUGGAGAGGGUAUCCUGAGGCUAAAUAUUUACAUAUAUUUACAAUCUGAGCUAUGGAAGGCUUUGUCAAGUCUGAAUUUCAUGUGGGGUGCCUGGCAAAAAUCCACAAGUUGUUGUGCUCAUUUCGAUGCUGUUCGGAAAAACGCAGUCUUGCCGUGUCUGACAGCGUUAUAACUUACACAACAGCAGAGGAUGUAUACAUUGUCAGUGUAACAAGUGCUCGGUCCAGUGAAGAGUCUGUCCAGUUACGCACAAGGAACGGUUCCGGUUCAAACUCCUCUAACGCUGAGUCACCUCGCAACAGCAAAAACGGUUCACAGUCCAAUUUUACCAACAACCGUGUCCAACGACAAAGGUCCUUCAAAAGUGCCGAGAAUGAAAAUGUCCGACGGUCUCGUGGCCAGUCAGACGAGUAUGAGUUGUCUGAAGACCUGCGGGGCAAGCAGGUGGAAAUGCUAGAGCGCAAAUAUGGGGGAUCAAUCUGUGCACGCCGUGCGGCCCGAACUAUACAACGCGCUUAUAGACAAUAUUGUAUGAAUAGAAAUUUUGAAAAACUACGUAGUAACUUUGGUGAACGUCGGGUUUCGAAACGUUUAUCUGAGCUUGGACGCAGUAGUACUGUUUGGGGAGACCGUAUUUCUGGUGAUCUCCGACUUAUUAUGGGAGGAACCAUGGUUCAAAGUUCAGAAGGAAAGCCUACGGAAACAUUUCAGAGUGUCCGGAAGAGGAUCUCUGAGAUUGAAGCGGCUAAGCUCGCGGAUCAUCAGAGACUGUUACAUCAGCAGUCAUUAGACACGACUGUGAAGCUGCACGUAGACAGCAGUGCACACCGCAGUCGAAACCUUCACAAAGACAGGAGGAAGUUAGAACGCAGCAUGCACAUAGACCUAUGUGAGGGUCAAGACAAUAGAAAAGAUGGCAGUAGGUCAAAGUCUGACCAGUGUAUAUCAGAGGAGACAAACAAUAACAGGAACUCCUACCCUGAAAUGAAUGACAGCAGUGCUAGCGACUCGCCACAAGCCACGCCUGUGGAAAGUGCCGUAGAUUUGCACAGCCUGGACUUCGAGAACCUGUUGGAGAGUCGAGAGACAGAUAUUCUCACAGAUAGUUUUCACAGUGACAGUUUGCACAGUGACGGGAGUCAGGAGGCUGGAUCCUCUGCUCCCCACACCCCACAUACGCCCCACAGGUACCUGGGCCCCAAUCUGGGCUCAGAUGUAGACCUUACUGGGGAUCACCAUAAACCCCACCCCUUCCCCACUGACAUUUACACAGGGCAAUAUUCCGAGUCCCCAAGUGAUACUGCGUCUGUGUUAAGUGACAUUCAAAUCCGAGUGGAGCAGGCCUCUCCUGAAGACAGACCUGCGGACAAUGUGCAACAUUUACACAGCCAUCAUGGUAAGAAAUCCGGGAUUAUCUACACAAAUUCAGAACCGGGACUGUUACAUUACAACUCUGAUGUAAAGUUACGAGGUGUCAAACAUGGUCCACCAGAGACCCCGCAAAAGCCAUAUGGGCAGGGUCUUAGGGGCCCCUCAGCUUCCCCAAUCUGGAAGCGAAAAAGUGCACUGGGAUCAACAAAUAGUGGGGCCAAUAUCAAAGUAGAGGACUUAAAGCGAAUGAGUAAUAUCUCUGAGACCAGUGAACCAGACAGUGUUGAUGGGCAGUGCUACUCUAGUUCUCCAAGCUCGGAAAACAUCAGCUCGGAGAACAUAAGUAUUGGCAGUUUAGGCAGUGAAAACAGCAUAAGUUACCAACGGAAGAUCCGACAUAGCAUCACCCCUGAACAACAGCACAAUACUCCAAAGUUCGGAGACAAAGUUCGUAAGAGACUUUAUCGAAUUGGACUGAAUCUCUUCAACAAAAAACCAGAAAAGGGAAUCUAUUUCCUGGUUGAAAACUCCUUCAUUGAUCCAUCCUCCAAGUCGAUAUCAAGGUUCCUAAUUUCCCGCAAAGGCCUCAGCAAACAGAUGAUCGGAGAAUAUCUGGGCAACCUUCAGAAUCCAUUUAACCAGGAGGUCCUAGAGUUUUUCUCUGAUGAAAUAGAUUUAUCAGGCCUCUCAGUGGAUGUAGCUCUUCGGAAAUUCCAAUCUUACUUCAGAAUGCCGGGAGAAGCCCAAAAAAUAGAACGCCUAAUGGAGGCCUUUGCUCAAAGGUUUUGUAUGUGCAACCCUGACCAACUCAAACAGUUUAAGAGUGAAGACACUAUCUUCCUGCUUGCUUUUGCCAUCAUCAUGCUGAAUACAGAUCUCCAUAACUCCAACAUAAAACCUGAGCGGAAAAUGAAACUUGAGGACUUCAUUAAAAACUUAAGAGGAAUUGAUAAUGGUGAAGAUGUGGACCGUGACAUUCUGGUUGGAAUUUAUGAGCGAAUUAAAGGCCAAGAAUUUCGACCUGGAGUGGACCACGUCUCACAAGUGCUGAAAGUGGAACAGUCCAUUGUGGGCAAAAAACCACAACUGGCCCUACCUCAUCGCCGACUGGUGUGUUACUGUCGACUCUAUGAAGUUCAUGACCCUAAUAAGAAAGAACGGGUGGGUUCUCACCAGAGAGAGGUCUUCCUCUUCAAUGACAUUCUGCUGAUAACAAAGAUAUUUAGCAAGAAAAAAACAGGGAUUACAUACUCCUUCAAACAGUCGUUCCAGCUGUAUGGCAUGCAAGUCUACCUCUUCCAUACACCUUAUUACCAGUUUGGUGUACGUCUGACCAAUAACAUAGAUGGGAAAAUUCUCAUCACAUUUAAUGCCAGAAAUGACCAUGAUCGACAGAAGUUUGUAGAUGACCUUAAGGAAGCUAUCUUAGAAACUAAUGGUAUGGAAACAAUACGGAUUGAAGAAGAACUUAACAAGCACAGAUCAACACAACGCAACAAAGACAAACAUAACUACGUCAAUGAUGACUCAAGAGUUAUGGGCUACGACCUACUCAAACCCUCUGACCCAGUGGUAAAUAGAUUGUCUGCCCCUGAGUGUGGUUUGAAGAAAACAAACUCUCUGAUUGACCUCUCCGAAGCAAGUCAAGGCAUGAGAAGGGGUAGUGCAGGUUCACUGGACAGUGGAAUGGUGUCUGGUUCUACUGGUUCCACAGGCAGUGCCCAUAGUCAGGAAGAUCCGCCCUUACCAACAGUGGCCACGCCCAAGGGUGCUUCUCUGGUAGUGACGCCCAAACACGGCGUAACCAAGAAGCUGUCCUCCAAGACCCAGCAUCCAAAUGUGCGACAUUCCAUCGGCAAAUCACCAGGACGCGUUCCUGGCACAGAUGUGUGACCUCUACCACUGACGUCCAUACCACUGACGUCCACAGCGUGGGGAAAGUUGUUUGCGAUUUGGGAAGUGCAUGGAACACUGAGUUUGAGAAUGUAUCAUCACCUGUAAAGUGUAACAUGCAGUUUGGCUACCAGAAUGUGACUUAAAGUCAGCAUAUGUGUUACUGGAAAGUAAAUGUAUUGAAAGCAGAUAACGGUAAUAUGUCUAAUAUUAUCACAAAGUAGAUUACUUGGAAAGAUUGAUUACCCUAUGUCGCGUCCAAUACCAGAAAGUUGUCAGAAAGUCGACAGAUAUUACUCUGAUUUUGUAGUAGAAAUCAACAUGAUUGUUGGCUGUUUCAUGGGCAGAUAUGAAUGCAAGAAGCCUUACUUCAUCGGGUAUUGGCUUUGAAAUAAACUACAUGUAAAUCAAUAUUUGAUUGAUAUUGAACUGAUUUUCAAGUAUUUCCAAUCACCAUUUAUUUUUUUUUAUUUUUUUUUAGGAACAGAAUCAGUAAAACAAGAAAUAAGUGACAUUUACCAAUUAUGAUCAUUUUUAUUCUCUUGGUAUAUGAAUUAAUGCUUAUUUUUGAUUUCAUAAAGUCUUAAAUCUUAAAAUCAGUUUUAUUUCAAAGUGCCUUAAUGCUCUGUAGUUACAUCUUUGCUGUGUAUGUAGUUUUCAGUGAGUUUAAGAAACACAAUUGAGUCUCUGCUAGGACCUAGGAAAGUGUAUAAUUUUUUUAAAAAGCCGUCAUUACAAUUUUGGUAAUUUUACAUCUUCUUUUGAUCUAGCUGUAUGUGCUAGGUGGUAGCUGUUAUUUUAUAGAACUUUAAUGAAGUAGCAACAUAGGUAUCCUUAGUGAAAGAUGUUUUUGGGUCAUCAGUGUUGAGCAACAGUCUAUUUGGGAUUGCAAAUUUACCGAUGUAAUCAAAAUGUUUUAUUUCUGCAGCAGUUUCAAGUCUGGCUAUUGUUAUUUUAUUGUUAGCAUUGCCAUCAUGUCUGACACGUCCAACACUGAAAAAAAAGCAUUUAAAAGAAAUGUGAAAUAGUAAUCAGAACAUUAAAUCCAUGUGUAUGUGAUUUAGAAUACUUUUAUCUGUUCUUUAAAGAGUUGAAAUGAACACCUCAGAUAUUAUGCAGAAUUUUUACAUUAUAAUUAGUAAAACUGUAUGCAAAUUUUACUGUCACAUCUUUUUUGAAUAGCAAAAUUAAAACAACUAUUGGUGAUGUAUAUCCUUGAUGUAUGUAGAUCAGACAUACACAUACACCAAACAUGAAGCAGCCAAUUUGUUGUUUUUCACAUCAGAAAGGGUUGAAGACUGUUUUUUUUUUUUCACAGGGUCAAUGUAUAAUUGGGUGGCUUCAGCAGGUAUAGAACUCCAUCAGACUGUAUUAUUCCAAGAUAAAAACAAUUGAGCUGUACAAAAGUUGUAAAUACGGAUUAUGAAACUGUAUUUCUGUUGUCACCAUAGUAGUUGUCUGUUAGAAAAUAGACAGGCAACAUUUGUAUUUUUUCUGUAGUAUGCAGAAUGGCUGCUUUCAAAAAGACAGGAAAACUUGAGUAUUUAAUGGAACUGAAGGGUAGGCCUCAAUUUUUCAUAGGAAUUGUAUAAAUCAAGACUUUACCCAUAUGGCAUAUACAAUGUACUGAUAUUUCGCAAAAUGAUUCCCUAAGUUGAAAUUGACAGGAGACCUACACAAAAGUUCAAGGCUUGCGGAACAAGUGUGAGAUCACGUGGCCACAUCUUUGUCUUGAGGGGACACCCUGAAAAAAUGUAAAUUAUACACAAGCAACAGCUUUAUAAACAUAAGCUGACUUACUUGAAUGCAGCAUGUUUAGUAAAAAUAUCUACAGCACAUGUUGAUUGUGAAAAUUAUGAAAGUGUGUACAGGUAAUUCAAAUUGACAGCAGAGUGACUUUUGAGUGUAUGGAGUGUUCAUGGCAUAGUGUGUUCCAGAUGUUGGUUGUCUCCUGAACAAAUGGUUACAAACAGUAUGGAAUGUUAGAGGCUCAGUAUGGUAGAAAAGAUUUGUGACAUGUAGCUUACAAAAAGGAAGUUUGGCUCAGACAAUUACUGUGCUAAAGGACAUGUAAGAAUGCUUGUUGUAUGUUGUUUGCUAUGCAGUAGUAAAAAUUGAAACUUUGUUUGCUUUUUCUGGAAUCCUUAUCAUAAUGUGGCCUUUGUGACCUUUACCGUUACCAAACCCUGUCAUUAUCGAGGUCUGACAUAUUCAUACAGGCGUACAAUGAAAUUACCUGUAUUUAGAAUUGCCUUGUCCUUAUUUUGGUAGGUGUCCAAAAUGAGAACGAAAUGUUACUUUGUGGUAAUCAGUAAUUUAGAUGAUGUCUGAAAUUCACGUCAUGGAUAGCCCAAAGUGUUUGCUGCACUAAGUUGCUUAGAUUCCUCUUUGCUAUACUAGAUAAAGGUAUUUUGCUGUUCCCUUGUAGUGGGAGUUGCUGAAUACAUGCUGGGCUCAGUGUGGGAAUGGUGUGUUUUAGUGCACAUAAAUUUGUUGUCAACUGGUUUAAAUGUUCAGUGCUUUCACAGUUUUGCAUAUUAAUGAUUUCAAGAUUAAAGGUUUAUAUGUAUUGUGAAAAUACAAAUAAUGAUACCUGUAUAGCGUUGCCAUUAGUAUAAUGUUGUACUAAUAUGAUUUGUAUUUUUUGUGUGUAUUUAUUUGCAUCAUGGGAAUAUAUUAUUAUUACUUGUACAGUACUAAGUUAUGCAAGCACAGUCCCACUCCUGAAAAUGGGAUGGCCGCGCUUUGGGACCCUCAGCAAUAAGCGCUUAGAUCUUUACUCUGAUUGGUCCACAUCAUAUGUAUUGCAUAGGUCUCGGUCCAAUCGUAUUUGUGAAUACUUUGAUAAUACUGUUUGGAGCUUAGAGCUAAUAAAGAUCAGAAACACUGAAAA